AUGGACAAGAAGCCGCUCAACGUUGCCAUUAUCGGCAUCGGCCACCGCGGGUACAAGACGCACUUUUCCACGCUCAUCAGCCACCCGCGGUCGUGGACCGUCGUGGCCGUCUGCGACGCCGACUCGGCGGCGCGGCAGCGCUUCGCCAGCAAGCACCCGGACAUCAGCGCCUACAGCGACCUCAGCCAGCUGCUGCAGGAGCACAAGCACCACCUGCACUUUGCCGUGGUGUGCGUGCCGCACCGGUUCCACCUGCCGUGCUGCGCCGCGCUCGCGGCCGCCGGCGUCGCCGUCCUCAAGGAGAAGCCCGUCGCCGAGUCGCGCGCCGAGUACGAGACCCUGCGCGCCCUGCCCGUCAAGAUUGGCGUCACCUUCCAGAAGCGCUUCGAGCCCCGGUACCUGGCCGUAGCGGACCUGCUGCACCACGUCGGCCAGGUGGCCUCGGUCACCGGCACCCUGGCGGCGAGCAUCGCGGAGCUGGACGCGACGUGGCGCGCGGGUAGCGGUGUCGGCGUUACGGAAGAUCUUGGCUGCCACAUGCUGGACAUGAUGGUGUCGCUGUUUGGUCGGCCGACAUCCGUCGUGGCGCGCAGCGCGACCGGCGUCCGCGCCGAGCAGUCGUACGGCGGCGACGACGUGGCCAACGUCAUCAUGAACUUUGGCGAGGGGGCCGCCGCCACCGGGCAGACCAUCAUCGGCCACGUGCACCUGUCCCGCGUCGCCCACCGCGACCAGGAGUCGCUCGUCAUCACCGGCACCAACGGCACCUUUACGCUCGAGGGCAACGACGUGACGCUCAAGGACGGGCUCGGCCACGAAAUCUUCCGCCUCGCCGACGCCUCCACCAAGACGGCCCGCGUCAAGGCGAUGCUGCAAAAGUUCUCGGCGUGGGUCGCCGGCGGCGCGCCCGACUUUGCCGCCUCGCUCGACCGCCUCGCCGACACAGUCAGCGUCAUGGAGGCCAUCCGCCACUCGUACAGCAACCCAAGCGACGAUGCGGACCAGAGCGUCGUCCUGGCCCGUCAACCGCCGCUAUCCGAAACGGCGCCGGCGGCUGCCUCGCUCGACGGCGCGCACCACGUGUGGCCGCUGCUGUCGGCCGAGUCGGAGACGGCCGUCGUGGACCAGAUGCACCGGACGCUCUCCAUCUACGACCGGUCAGACAUUUACGAGACGUUUGAGGACCGCUGGCGCACGAUGCACGGCCUCAAGCACGCGCUCGUCUGCAGCUCGGGCACGAUUGCGAUCCUGCACAUGUUUGACGCGCUCGGGCUGCGGCCCGGCGACGAGAUCCUGUGUCCCGUCUACACCUUUUUCGCCACGGCCUCGCCGCUGCUGCAGUACGGCGCCGUGCCCGUCUUCUGCGACGCGCUCGCCGACGGCAACCUCGAUCCGGCCGAGAUCCUCGCCCGCACGACGCCCCGGACGCGGGCCGUCAUUGUCACGCACAUGUGGGGCCUGCCGUGCCGGAUGAGCGAGAUUGUCGCAAAUGCGCGCCAGGUCGGCAUCAAGGUGCUCGAGGACUGCUCGCACGCGCACGGCGCCGUCGUCGACGGCAAGAUGGUCGGCGCCUGGGGCGACAUGGCCGCCUGGUCGAUGCAGGCCAAGAAGAACAUCAUGGGCGGCCAGGCCGGCGUCAUGGCGACCAACUCGACGGAUUACUACUCGCGCGCGAUCCUCCAUGGUCACUUUAACAAGAGAGCGAAGCAGGAGGUGCCUACCGACCACCCGCUUCGAAAGUUCUGGUUGACUGGCAUCGGUCUGAACCUGCGGGCGCACCCCCUCGCCAUCGCCCUCGCCAACCAGCAGCUGGACCUGUUUGAGCGGCACGACGCGACGCGGCAGGCGCACGCGGGGUACAUGGCGCGGGAGCUGAGCGCGAUCCCCUUUCUCACGAUGCCGGCGGUCGGCAGGGACGCGGACAAGCACGCGUGGUACGCGUUUGUGAUGCAGUUUGACGCGUCCAAGGCGCCGCGGGGCCUGACGCGCGACGUCUUUGUGCGGCGGCUGACGGAGCAGCACGGCCUGACCGAGGUGGACAUUCCCAAGUCGACGGGCCUGCUGCACGACCUGCCGCUCUUUACGCACCCGCACGAGGCCAUCCCGCGCUUCGGCGACGCGCCCUGGUACGAGCCCCAGCCGACGAGCGAGUUUCCCCGCGCGAGGCGCUUCUACGACCAGGCCAUCAAGCUGCCCGUGUGGUCGACCGAGGCCGAUGCGCCUAUUGUGGCCAAGUAUGUAAAGGCGUUUCUGGAGGCCGCGAGAGCAGCGGUACCGGAUGCCGACGGGUUUGCGGACCGCGGGGGCCGGCGAGGCCUGGGUCCCCAGCCUCGCUUGUAG